GCCCAGGGUCACGCGGCCCCAACGGGCCGGAAAGGGCUCUCCCUCACCCCCAUCAGCAUUGACAUUCGGGCAGGGAGUGUUCAAAGCCAAAGGGCAGACUCAGAGGACAUAAGAGGAGGCAGCUUCCCUGCCUCAGUUUACCCCCUGUGUGCAUCCAGGCACCUUCCUCCCCGGCUGCCCUCGGGCCCGGGUCCCCAGAGGCCCGGAGUCCCUCCAGUGCCUGGGGGAGCGGAAGGCGAAGCCCUGAGGGGUGGCGGACCGAGUCCCCGCCCGCUGGUUUCCUCCGGGGUCAGCCCGGCUCCUUAUCAGGCGCGGCCAGGCAGCCCGGCCCUUAUCUGCCCUGGGCCAGCAUCCUCCGGCCGCUGCGCCGCCAGGGGUGAGAGGGAGGAAACCGGGCCGCCGGGGGCGGGGAGAGGGAAGGCCGGCCCAGGAGCCGCUCACUUUCCCUGGAGGAGACCUAAGCGGAGACCUCGGCUAUCCUGGCCCUCCAAGGCCCACGAGGAGGCGCGGCCCAGCGCCGGGGCCUGGAGCAUUGAGGCCGGACCCGAGCGAGACAGCAGAGCCUGGCCUGACGCUGGAAACCACACCCUGGCCCAGACUGCCAACCCUGACGGGACAGAGCCAGGGCACUCACCAGGCUGCAGGAACAGUGCUGGGGUGAGUACCCCCACGUCGGGGUCCAUGUGCCCGCCUCAGGCACAGGCAGAGGUGGGCCCCACCAUGACUGAGAAGGCAGAGAUGGUGUGUGCCCCCAGCCCAGCGCCUGCCCCACCCCCUAAGCCUGCCUCACCUGGGCCCCCGCAGGUGGAGGAGGUGGGCCACCGAGGAGGCUCCUCGCCCCCCAGGCUGCCACCUGGUGUACCAGUGAUCAGCCUGGGCCACAGCAGGCCCCCAGGGGCAGCCAUGCCCACCACAGAGCUGGGCACCCUGCGGCCCCCGCUGCUGCAACUCUCCACCCUGGGAACUGCCCCACCCACUUUGGCCCUGCACUACCACCCUCACCCCUUCCUCAACAGUGUCUACAUUGGGCCAGCAGGACCUUUUAGCGUCUUCCCUAGCAGCCGGCUGAAGCGGAGACCAAGCCACUGUGAGCUGGACCUGGCUGAGGGGCACCAGCCCCAGAAGGUGGCCCGGCGCGUGUUCACCAACAGCCGGGAGCGCUGGCGGCAGCAGAACGUUAACGGCGCCUUCGCCGAGCUGAGGAAGCUGCUGCCGACGCACCCGCCCGACCGGAAGCUGAGCAAGAACGAGGUGCUCCGCCUAGCCAUGAAGUACAUUGGCUUCCUGGUGCGGCUGCUGCGCGACCAAGCGGCAGCUCUGGCCGCAGGCCCCACCCCGCCCGGGCCCCGCAAACGGCCGGUGCACCGGGUCCCAGACGACGACGCCCGCCGGGGAUCCGGACGCAGGGCCGAAGUGGCAGCGCGCUCGCAGCCCGCGCCCCCGGCCGACCCCGACGGCAGCCCCGGUGCGGCGGCCCGGCCAAUAAAGAUGGAGCAAACCGCUUUGAGCCCAGAGGUGCGGUGACCGCACGCGCCAGCAUUUCUGAGCCGGAGGGCACCAGGGACUCGGCCCAGGGCCGUCGAGGAAAGGGCAGUGGACGUGCUGCGCGUGUUCGGGUGCGAACUCCCCCGAAGAAGGACCAGUGAAGACGUCAGGGGCAAGGUCUCGGGGGUCCGGAAGGGUGAUCAUCGCCCCCCAAGGGACCCGCAGACUCUUAAAAAAAAAAUCACCCACCGCCCUGUGGAAGUGGCCUUGCCUGGUUCCCCUUCGCAGGGGCGCGGUUGGCAAACUAACAUGGCAGAGCAGUCACAGGACCCAAGUGGUGCCUCAUUUUUUCCGGGCUGGGUUCGCGGGGGGAGGCCAGGAGGGGCUGGGGAGCCUUAGCUUUUCUCACCGUCGGCCCCUCCCGGAGACCCAGGGACAGACGCUUGUCGACGGCGUCUGCUGCGCUCGCGGCGCUUGGAGAGAGGCGCAGAAUCCAAGUUGGGGACGCACCCUACCGACCCCGACCCAGUCCCGCACGGUCGCGUUAGCGAAGGGUCAGGCGCUCCUGCGUUUGUUUUUCUUUAUUUCUUUAUUUCACAUACACAUUAGCCAUUCAAUGGAGAAGCCGGAGAGAGUCAGGCAAAGAUGGUAUAACAGAAGCGCAGUGACGGGGGCGGGGCGGGGCGGGGCGGAGAGGGAACAGACGGGCUGGCUGCCUACUUGCAUUCCGCUAGGACACUGAAAACCCAGAAAACAAAACAGACAGUAAACUACCCUUGUUUCUUAUGUAUCUCAGUGCAGAGACGGGGGGUGGAGGGCAGAGAAGAGGGGGAGACCAGGCUGAAGGAGGAGGAGCAGAGGGAAGGGGACGCUAAGGGGGAAGCACACCAAAUCCAUUAGUACUAUAUAUAGAUACUCGUAUAUACUGCGUUUCUUAGCCUAAGAAGAAACUUGUUUGACGGGACGGGCGGCCUUUGCGGUCCGCGAUGCUGGUGCUGGUCGGGCGCACGGAUCUCCCGGGAGGGGCCGAAGCGGGGCUGGCCCAGGCUGGCUUGCGGGGGGAGGGGGGCGCCCCGAGGGUGGGUGGGGUGGGGGGAAGCAGAGGCGGGGCUGGGGUGCCCCUCGGGCUCUCGAUUGGGGGACGAAAGUUCUCGUGACUUUAUUGCUCCUUUAUUUUCUCUCGUGUGGGGGGUCUGUUCAGCACGGUCGGGGUGGGGGAGUGGUGGGUCGUCUGAGCCACCCGGCCCCUCUGGGACCCAGAGCGCGGCGUCCGCUCCGCCAGCACGGGGGUGAGAACAAGGCACUAGGUCGGCCGGCCAGCGCGGGGGCGGGUGUGUAAGGCAGUCGACAGGGCUGGUUGCGGGGUGGGGCGGGGCUGUGUGCGGGGCCGUGUGCGUGCGUGCGUGCGGGCGCGGGCCUGGGCAAAUCGACCUGUCAGCGUGGCUGGUCCUGUCCUGGAGCGUCGAGCCUUCCCGGUGUUCCCCGGAGGGGGUCGGGGAUAGGAUGAGAGAUGUUGAAUGGGGGCGGGAGGGGCGCCGGGAAAGUGGGGAGGAAACUACCAACUUGCUGAGCGCGCUCCUGAUAAUGCUGGUGAGGGUCAAGUUGGCGUCUGGCUCAAAGAAGGGCGCUCGGGGCAGAGAGGGAGGGAGGGAGGGGACGUUUGUUCGUUGGCAUUGACCUCUGCGGGGGAGGGGCCAGGGACCCCUGCCGCGCCCCUGUACCCAGACGGGGAUGGGGCGAGGAGGGGGUGCUGGGCCCCAGGGAGGGGCGCCCGGGGAGACCCGCGACCGGAGCAGUCCAGCCGCCGGGGGCACGCCGCUGUCCCGUUCCGUUAAACUCAACAAAGAAGGGAUAUGCGUAUUCCUAACAAGUGCAGGAUAUUUAAUUGAUUCAUAAACUUAUGUAUAAUAGUUUGUGGGUUCUUUAAAACGUACUUUAUAAUGUAAGAAGCACCAGGGUUUUAUGUUUAAUUAUCUUAAAAAUAAUUUUUCUCUCGUCCUUUUCCUUUUUGAUCUUGUGUUGGUUAUUUUUUAAAUGUCGAGGUGUUUUUUUUAAACUCUAAAAUGUGAACGUUUCCUUCAGCCCUCCCACCGAAACUGAGAACGAACGACGAAACAAAUAAAAACCCCAGAUCAUCCUCGUCAACGCAGGAAAACGACUUGAAAAAAAAAAAAAAAA